CAACAUGUACAACAAAGCCAUGGUUUACAUUUGUAUAAUCAAAUGCGAUCAAACAUAAACACAGGAAUUAAUCAGACUGCAAAGUUAAUGUACAUUCAACGAAUUAGGAAAUUCAUGCUACACGAAUUUACGCAGGUGUUGUAGUUAAUCCCAUGUUACCGAAAUUUCCUUAGUUGUGAAAGGACAUAAAUUGGUAUUGAUUAUAAAGUGGAAUAGAAUCGCAGCAGUAGAAAACAUGAAGAAGAACUAUUCAACUGCAGAUAUGCAACUUGUUAGUAAUACUACUGGUCUGUCACCGAGUCCAGUGGAAACAUUAACGGCUCUGAAAACCAAGAGGGCUAUACGACAGUCAUAUUCAGCCAGUGACCUCAAUUCUAUGGACACCUUACCUUCUAUAGACUUAUGCAUGUACCUAUUAAGACUAAAAUGUAAAACUAGGAAACUAAAUUUGGAUACUAGGCGUCCUAGUUAUAUGGAAUGGCGAGCGGAUUUAAAAAGAUACCGUUCGGAAUCAAUGUAUGAUCAGGACAGCAACAGAGGUGUUCCAAAUGAUGAAGAUUUCAAGAAAAUUAACACAUCUCUAAACUGGAUUCGUGAAGAAUUGGUAAAGAUGAGAAAACAGGACCAAGACUUAGCACGUCAGUUCCUUUCAAUCCACAGCGACAUACAGGAACUGAGAUUAGAAUGGAGCUGGAGAUGUCAUGAACUGACGCUACAAAAUGCCGUCAUGGAUUUCCAGGAAGUGGACGAAAUCAAGCGAAUUUCUGAUCUGCCACUCGUUACGGAUACGGAAAUGGCACUAUUAGAUAUAGGACUUACUAAAAUGAACUUAUGUCACCGAAAAUACUCAGUGAUGUAGCAAAUGAAUUGUGUGCCACUUAGAACACAUCCGCUCUUACGGGUCAUAAGAUAAUCUGUGUUCAUUUCCAAUGGCAUUGUUAAACUCUGGGGGAAUACUCCGUAAGCGAUGUAACACGUAUCAAGGAAUUCCAGGUGUACUAAAAGAUGCAACAGCCCCGUCCCUAUUCAAUAUAAGGUUCAAGGGAUCCAAAGUGUACUAAAAGAUUAAAAAAAAAAAACGUCCCUAUUCAUAAUAAGUUUCAAGGGUAGAAGAUUAAAAAACACGUCCCUAUUCAUUAUAAGUUUCAAGGCCCGGGUAUGGAUUGACAAUUAUUCAGCCACGUCCGAAGCUCUGGUCAGCUCAAUGAAUUGUUUCAUGUACAUUACAACUCUAAUAUCAUUAUUUGAAGGAAGACUGUAAAAGGUUCCACGAUUCAGAAACGUCACUUCGUCUAGUAGUAUAUAGUUGUCGACUGCGUUCGAGGGCAAUAGGGAAUUUGUUUGACCCAAGGGACAAACAAAACAGCUAUUGUCCAAGGGCACAGGCCUGCUUGUUUUUGUUAUACACUUUCAUUCUUUUAGGUUGUUUUUUAUUUCUAGAUGCACAUAUUUUGUUGACAUUGACCUUUUAACAGGACAGUGUAUUUGCAUACAUUUAUCCCCGUAUACACUUGGAAAAGAAAACAUACAUGCACCCAAAAUGUAUAUUUUUCGUGUUUCUGCUCGCUUCUUAUCUAAGGAAUUCUGUAUUUCAUUUCGUAAACGUAGAGAACUUUAUUAAGGUAUGAGGAAGUAAGUAGCGUAUAAUUGAUGUGAAAUUUUAAUUGACAGGUCCGAAAUCUUCCACACUAGUCUGAAUUUCGCUGCUGUCAUAGGCGAGAAACGACUCCGUGACCUGGACCGGUAAAUGUCCUAGUAAAAAUAAACAGGUGAA